GCAUUCUGCCAGCUGCUGUACCAGGGCACAAAGCUCGUCCCGAUGGACUUUCUCACUCCCGCGACGUCACACAAUCCGCUUUGUGGCUCGCUUCACCACCGCAUCCUGCUCAGCAACUACUUCGCGCCGCCCAAAGCGCUCGCGCUUGGAAAAACUGAGGAGCAAGUACACCAGGUGCGCACCCCCUCUGUCCCCUCUCUCAAUCCCUCUUCGGUAGUGUCCGCGUGUUGUUUCGGCGGUACUGAAGAACGGUUAGUGUUGAAGAGAAAGCUCUUCAUGGGCAACUGGCCGAGCAACACUCUCUUCUUCCCGCUGUUCACGCCCGCAACGCUCGGCUCAUUCAUUGCGCUCUACGAACACAAGAUCUUUACGCAGGGCCUCAUCCGGGCAUCAACAUAUUUGGUGCAUCCGAUGGGUGUCGAACUUGGCAAGAUACUCACAAAGAAUAUUUUGGCACCGCUGGAUAAGCCUGCGGACAUUAAGGGUCACACCAGCUCGAAGCACCGAAAUGAGUGAGCGCAAGGCGGCUUGCGAUGGCAGCAUGGGAAAGUUAGGUUAGGUUCCCGACAUCCUCCUACUUCGCCCACGAGCUCUGGGUCGGCCGGAUCCUCCAGUUCGCACGACGCCGGCCGCUCACGCGCCCCGUGGACGACCCUGGGGUCUGGGCCAAGGUCCAGUGGUACUACUCCGGCGCCGAUGUCGCCAACGACACCAACACAGAGUGAGUCUCCCACAGUUCUUUCCAUUCUACAGACCGCUUUGGUCGUCCACGCUAGCGCCGCCGCCGCCGCCGCACAUGCCCCAAAAAGCCCUGCCAACAUCCAGGCCAGCUACGGCCGCUACGAGCGCCUGCGCGCCGACGAAUCCGACUACGACUACGUCGCGCAUACCUCCUUCAACGGCCCCACGAAGGUCAUAGAGCACCGCGAGGCGGACAUCGAGCAGCCCCAGAUCGCCGAUGGCGAGUUCUAUGUCCGCCGCGCGUACUCCCGCCUCUCCAAGUGUGCCACCACCUAGUCACCUGCACCGCGGACUGCAACACCGUCUACAACCUCGACGAUGCGCGCCCCAUGCACUUCUGCCCCAAGCCCGCCUGCCGCCAGUGGUUCCCCUGCGACUGCCUCGAGCACGCCGAGUCGCACGACGCGCACGACUCCGUCGACACGCAUGCGUUCAACCUCCUGCGCUCAGAUCCAGACAGCGACGACCCCUUCCCCCUUCCACCCCCCUCCUCACGAGGG